AUGUUCGCCAUCCAGCCAGGGGUGGCUGAGGGGGGUCAGUUCCUGGGGGGCCCGCCGGGAGUAUGUCAGCCGGAGCUCCAAACAGACAGCAACUCUAACUUCAUGGUGAGUGCCAAAGAUGCCAAUGAGAAUUGGCAUGGGAUGCCAGGCCACGUGGAGCCCAUCCUGAUGAGGAGCUCCUCUGAGUUGCCCUCUGACAACCAGGUCUUCCAGGCCCCUGGACUCCCCGAGGGGGAGGUGCGCAGCCCACCAGAGGGGGCAGAAAUUCCCGGAGCUGAGCUUGAGAAGUUGAGUGGUGCCAGCCCAGUGUGCUCCCCCCUGGAGGACAACGGCUACGCCAGCAGCUCCCUGAGCACCGACAGCUGCAGCAGCAGUCCUGAGCCUGCCUGUGGGACCCCUCGAGGCCCGGGCCCUCCAGAUGCCCUUCUGCCCUCGGUGGCCCAGGCUGUGCAGCAGCUGCAGGCUCAGGAGCGCUACAAAGAGCAGGAAAAGGAGAAGCACCACGUGCACUUGGUGAUGUACCGCCGCCUGGCCCUGCUGCAGUGGAUCCGGGGCCUGCAGCACCAGCUGGUAGACCAGCAGACCCGUCUGCAGGAGAGCUUCGACACCAUCCUGGACAACCGAAAGGAGCUUAUCCGCUGUCUCCAACAGAGGGCAGCCCCAUCCGGGCCCCAGGAGCAGGGCUAA